AUGACCGGAGGCGGCGGCGGAGAUCGGAGGAUGAGAGUGCAUCAUCAUCAAUCUCUCAAGUGUCCUCGUUGCAACUCUUUUAACACAAAGUUCUGUUACUACAACAACUACAACCUCUCUCAGCCUCGUCACUUUUGCAAGAACUGCCGUCGUUACUGGACCAAAGGCGGCGUCCUCCGUAACGUCCCCGUCGGAGGCGGUUGCCGGAAAGCCAAACGCUCCAAGUCUAAGCAGGAGUCGUCGUCUCUUUCCUCCACCGACAAACUAACGGUUCAAGACGUGGAGGAGAAGUCAAGUAGCAGCGAGAGCUCUUCUCUUACCGCCGUUACCGCCACCACCGCCGCCGCCGUGAAGGAUGCGUCGUCAGGGUUUAUAGUCACUGAUAUGCCUAAUGUCAAACUGUAUGGAAACGGCAUCGAAUGGUCUACGUUGCUCGGACAAGGUUCAUCGGACGGUGGAGUUUUCUCGGAGUUUACUGCGAAUGAAACGACACCGUUUGGAUACGGGGGUAACUCCGUAAAUCCACAGUGUAUAGCUGAUAAUCAGCAGCUGUUUGGGGAUCGAACGGCUCAGAUUGAACCGAGUAUGGGAUUUGAACCGUUGGAUUGGGGAAGUGGAGGAGGAGAUCAAACACUCUUUGAUCAUGCAUACUGGAGUCAAAGUCAAUGGGCUUCUUCUGACCACCAAGAUGAUCAGAAUGGUCUCUACCUUAAUUAAUUCUUAUAGCUCUUGUUCUUCUUAACUCAAAAAUAUACACUAGGUAAAGUUUGAGUAAGUGUUAUUUUUAUGGUUUUGAAAUUGGGAUUUGUUAUAUGAUAUAUGGCUGCUUGUGAGUUAUUAUUCACCAAGGAUAAAAUUUACCUCUUGUUUCUUAGUUUUUGGAGUAUCCCCAAGAGUGUAAAAUUAGGUGGCAUGGUUUUAGUUUGGCUUCGAUUUACUUAUCUUUGUAUUUUUUAUAAGAUUUUGACUUUCUGGCAUUUUCUUUUCAGUUGAUGUGUCUAAUAAAUUUAUAUCUUGAUUGGUUACAUGAAACCUUCUCU